AUCAUCCUAUCAGGACUGAUUCUUCAAAGUCAUCCUGAGAAAUAUUGAUGUAGAAUUUAAAUAUUUUAGACAAAAAAUUGCUUCACUAGCUAAGCCUAUAUUGUUGAGAUGCGAGUUGUAUACAAGAAUCAGUAGAUUCUUGCUAAAAAAAUCUUCCAUAUUUUCUUCCUCUGUUUUCUCCGUUUUAGCCUCUGCAGGUACGAAUUUUUGCUUUCAACGUUUUUUGUGAUUGCUGAAGUUCAGGAAGGUUUUUAAUGAUGGGUACAGAAAUUGAAACUUCUUCAGAGAUUGUAUUCGAAGAAAGGACUUCAGUAGAUGAAGUUGCAUCAGUGACAAAAGAUUCAGAAUCAUCUCUUGGAGAGGCCUUUACAGAGUUCUCUCUGCUCAUAAAAAAACUGAGUCCACUUCUUGAUGAAUUGAGGAAAAACAAUCUUGUGGACAGGGAUGCAAUUUACAAAGCCAUUGAAUCACUUGAGGUGGAAUUUUAUCGUGCAAAAAAUUUGCUAAGUAGCACGAAUAUUCAUUCAUCUCCAUUAAAGCACAUAGAAGAUGUUACACAGAAUCUUGGGAGGUCAUUAGGCCUUGUUCUCUUUGCUGGUCAUGAAGUAUCAAUGGCCAACAAAGAAAAGAUUGAAGCACUGCAUAAAGAAAUGAUGAGUACCAAGUUUGACUGGUGUUCUCAACGAGAAUCAGUGUCUGUUAAUGAUGUCUUCACGGAGGAAGAUUCAGAGGAAGGAAUAGUUGAGGAAGAUAGAAUUAUUUUAGAUAUUAAAGAUGUCGUUUUUCAGCUCAGUUCUGGGAAUGAUGAAGAAUCUAAACGUGCAAUUCUCCAGUUGGACGCUUUGGUUAGGGAAAAUACGAUUACUGAUCAAACAAUUGACGAUGAGAGUAUUAUAUCAGUUUUGUGUAACCGGUUGAGUUCAAGUAAAUCAAACAACAGACUUGCCAUAAUCAGACUGCUAAGAAGCAUGAUUCGAAAGAAUGAUAAAAACAAGGAAAAGAUGGAAGAAGUGGGAUGUUUAUCGGUGUUGGUUAAGUCAUUGACGAGGGAUGUGGAAGAGAGGAAGGAAGCUGUGGCACUUUUAACUAGCCUUUCAGAUAUUCCUGCAGUUAGGAGAAGAAUUGGGAGAAUUCAAGGGUGUAUUUUAAUGCUGGUUUCCAUCUACAAUGAGGAGGAUCAAGAGGCAUCUAAUGAUGCAGGAAGACUAUUAAAUGCUUUGUCAAACAAUAUUCAAAAUGUUCUAAAUAUGGCUGAGGCUGGCUACUUCAAACCUCUAAUAAAGUACCUGAAGGAAGGUUCUGAUAUGAGUAAGGUUCUAAUGGCAACAGCCCUUUCAAGGAUGCAGUUGACUGAUCAACGUAAAGCUUCCCUCGGAGAAUAUGGGGCCAUUGAACCUUUGGUUAACAUGUUCAGUAGAGGAAAGUUUGAGGCCAAGCUAUCAGCCUUGAGUGCAUUGCAAAACUUAUCUAGCUUGAAAGAUAAUAUCCAACGAUUGAUUAGUUCUGGUGUGGUGGUGCACCUGCUUCAGCUUCUUUUUUCCGUGACAUCAGUACUAAUGACUCUUCGAGAACCUGCAUCUGCGAUUCUAGCAAUGAUAGCUCAGUCUGAAAGAAUACUUGACAAACCAGAUGUUGCUCAACAAAUGCUCUCACUUUUGAACCUGUCUAGUCCAGUAAUCCAGUGUCAUCUCUUAAAUGCAUUGAAUAGCAUUGCUGGUCAUACUAGUGCAGUUAAAGUUAGAAAGAAGAUGAAAGAGAAUGGUGGAAUUCAGCUUCUCAUACCAUUCCUUGUUUAUGGUAAUUCCAAAAUCAGGAGUUCUGUCCUACAGUUGAUAUAUACAUUGUCUAAGGGUGAUCAACAGGAUCUGGCACAACAGCUCGGGGAAAUGAAUAUUAAUAUAAUUGCUGGUAUCAUCUCACAAUCAACUCCUGAGAGUGAGAAGGCUGCAGCUGUUGGCAUACUCAGCAAUUUGCCAUCAAGUGACAGAAAAGUCACAGAUAUGCUAAAACAUGCUAAUAUGUUGCCUACUUUGGUUUCUAUGUUGAGUUCCUUAAGUGCAGCUUCAACACCUACUGCAAUGAGGACAGCAGAGAGCAUUGCAGGUGUUCUAAUUCGCUUCACAGCUCCUUCUGAUAAGAAGUUGCAACAUUUUUCAGCUAAUCAAGGGGUGAUUGCUGCUCUUGUAAAGUUACUUGUACACGGUUCAGUGGUGGCUAAAAGUAGAGCUGCAACAUGUCUGGCUCAGUUAUCACAGAACUCACUUUCUCUGAAGAAAUCCAGAAAAUCAAACUGGUUAUGUGCGCCUCCUUCAAUGGAUGGCUAUUGUGAAGUUCAUGAUGGAUAUUGCUCACCCAAAAGCACAUUUUGUUUGAUAAAGGCAGAUGCCGUUGCUCAUUUGAUCCGAGUUCUCGAAGGUACAGAGAGGGAAGCAGAUGAAGCUGUUCUUAGUUCACUUGCAACUCUCCUGCAAGAUGAAAUAUGGGAGAAUGGGAGCUAUCUCAUAGCCAAAUAUUCAGGCAUUCAAGCCAUCAUUAAAGUUCUUGAAUAUGGAACUGUAAAGGCACAAGAAAAAGCCCUUUGGAAUUUGGAAAGGAUUUUUAGAGUUGAGUCACACAGAGUACAGCACUGUGAAUUUGCACAAGUGGUUCUCAUUGAUCUAGCACAAAAUGGUGAUCCUAAGUUGAAGCCAGCAAGUGCCAAGUUACUGGCACAACUUGAGCUCUUGCAAGCUCAAUCCAGUUACUUCUGAAAGCUUCCUUUUUUUGCUUUUAAUUGAAUACCAUAUUUUAUGUCAGAUUAUUUGUCGAUUCACAUCAUAAGAAGAUUCAAGCCUCUCAUUCCUGGGAGAGGUGCCAGCGUGGUUGUGAUUCCAUGCGUUUCAAUUCGGUUGCUGUAUUUGUUAAAUUAUUUGAUGAACAAUCACAUUAUUAUUAUUGUAAUUGUGAAAAAAGUGGUGUAUAUGAAUAAAAUACUCCACAU